UACCUACCCACCCACCCACCCACCCCUCUUCUCUCACCUGUCCAUAACCUGUGUGCGCGUGUUUGUGUGUGUGUGUGGAAGUGUGCGUAUUUGUGUGCGUGCGUGAGUGCGUGCAUGUCUUUGCUUGUCCGCCAGAGGGAGCGUGGCUUAUUCUGCUUGUGUAUGCAUCCAAGUGCUGUGCCAGCUUUUUACUUAGUGGUGGCUUUUACAUACAGUGACUGUGAUUGUGAGUAUAAUGCUUGUGCUUAGUGUUCACGUGUUCAAUCUUUGCAUGUAGGUAACAGUAAUCAAAGGCCAGGCUUUUCUUGUGUGUGUGCGUAUACUAGCUUAAGAUGCCCUGCCCUCAUUUUGCACCACACCCGCUUCCUAGUUCACACCCUUGUGUCAUUUGGUCACCUGUUUGACCCGACCCCCUCCUCCUCCCCGCCCCGAACAUACUAUAGUCAGACACGGAAACUUACAGCAUGAUGAGUGAGCGUUCUGGUGCGAGCACUCUGGCCGCCAUGACGCUGGAGGAGCCGGGGGCUGAACAGGCCUCUCCACGAGCCCCGGGCCCUCUCCGCUGCGGCCCCUGUGCUGUGUGGCCUCGCCAGCAGACCUGGCUGUGUGCCGUGCCGCUGGUAAUGGGCUUCGUGGGACUGGGACUCAGUCUCAUGCUGCUGAAAUGGAUUGUGGUGGGAUCUGUCCAAGACUACGUCCCCACGGACUUGGUGGAUCCUAAAGGUAGCAUUGGACAGGACCCCAUAUUUCUCUCUAAACCCAGUGCCAUGCCCAAAGGGCCCGACAUUUCCACAGCCACCACCACUUCAGCUGCCUCUACCACAACAUUGGUGUUGACGAGCACGCCGCUAGCUGCGGACGGCACUGCCCCCGCGCCAAGAACUCGAAUUGGGCCGCCGGCAAACCACUCGGCCAAUGGCAGCACUGCCAACGGGGAUGGAAACCACGCCCCGCACCUGCACAAUCGCGUCGGGACACGCGUUAGCGGCACCGUGGUUACAACUUCCACCACUCGCGCCACCCGACUCACCCCGCCACCUAGCGGCAAAGAGGUCACCCCUCGCAGCACUGUUAGAAAAGGAAGCGCUGCCGGUAACGGACAUAACGGAGCUGCCAACACAAAGCCGGGACAGACUUCCGCCACCGUCCCCACCACAACAUCCACUUCAACCACUACGACUGUGAAGGCCACAGCCAAGGUGCAGCCGACCACCUCCCAGCAUGUGCCCGCGGUCAAACCCACGUCACGCUGGGGUCACGGGCGCCCGGGUAAGGGCCCAGCCACACGCCCACACCACCGCUUCCGCACGCCAGUGGCCCCCACACUCCCUAGUCCACGUUCGGAGGUUUUCAAGCCAUGUGUGGAAGACAAGGACCUGGCCUUUUGUCUAAACGAGGGAGAAUGCUCCAUCAUCGAAACCGUGGCUGGGGUUCAUAGACACUGCAGGUGUAAGGAGGGUUACCAUGGACUACGCUGUGACCAGUUUGUUCCCAAGACGGAUGCCAUCAUGUCAGAUCCAAUGGACGAACUUGGGAUCGAGUUCAUGGAGAGCGGUGACACCUACCAGAGGCAGGUGCUGUCCAUCUUCAGCAUCGCCUCGGGGAUCUGUCUUCUCGGAGUGGCAUGUAUGGCUCUCUACCACCGCAACAAGAGACACAGAGAAAAACUCCAGGCUCAUUUCUCUGAUAGUCGCAGCCUGAGGGAAUGCAGUGUCAACGCCUCUGGCCUUAUGUCCAAAUCUGCUCCCAGGCUUCAAUACAGCCUCCAACCCCAAAAGAGUUGCACUUCUCAUGGAUCAUCUGGAAAGAGCGGUAGCGCGGCCCCGGGCUCGUCAGCGGGAUCCCCACCUAUCCUCAGCAGAGCGCUGUCUAAAGGGAAACGCUUCAGGAGUAGCUCAGUUUCACUCAGUCCUGCCCAGCAGCGGAGGGAGGCAAAUUAUUUCCGGACCCCACCCAUUUCCAGAGGGAAACACAAAGUGGCCGGCCAUGUCUACAAACACCUGCAGGAGGAUGAGUCCACAGACGUGCAGUCCCUGAGAAGGUGUGAUUCUGGCAGUGGAAGGGUCGGCGCCCUCCUCAGCAGGACGACGCUCUCUCACUUCACGGCCAGAAAAGGAUGGACCGAGGUGCCCUGCACCCGCCUGGAUAAGGGAACAAAUUUCCCGCCUCCCUCCCUGCGCACCCGCUCUGUGCCCAUCAUCCCCUCCCUCCAGGCGAUUGACCUCGAAGCAGGGAACGUGGACACGAGUGAGUGUAACCAACGGGGCCGCCUCAAGUGGCACCCAGUGCUCGCUGGAACGACAACGGUGCCCGUUAGCAAUUCUCCUGCUCCCUCCUGUGAGACUGCUGCAAUGCCACCCAGUGUUAUGCCCAGUGGUGUUAGCCCUCCUGACACCACCACCACCGCCGCCACAGCUGCUCACCUGGGGUUGAAGCAAACCCCCCGCUCCACAGUGGAGUUCACGCAGGCUUUCUGGAGCUUUUCCAGCUCCGGGGAAAAGUCUGGAUCUCACAGUGAGAUCCACCGCGGUGGCACAAACACUCCUGAGAACGGGAUUGUGCAGGAGUCAGAAUGGAAGAGUGUUCAAUAUUCAGCCGGAGUCCUGCACACAGGCAAUGAGGCCACAGGUUUGAAGGCAGACGGCCAAAGAGAAGCCCAGGGACAGUGCCAAGGUCAGACAUCCCCCGUGUACGGAGGCGCAAACAACUCCUUGGCCACCAGAGGGCUUAGCUGCAGAGGAAGCGGCAACGCUUCUGCCAAGCCUUCUACGAGCUGAUUGGAUUAACCCUGUAAAGCUUCAGAAACACUGUUUCCAGUAACUGUAUACCUUUGUUGGUGGCUCAGGACGGUGCGGACUGUAUGUGUGGCCACUCGGACCAAUAACGGAAUUUGAGCAGUGGAUUUUCCAAGGAACACGAACACACUGAACUGCAGAGACAGAGAGAGAAAGAGAGGAAAAAAAAAAAACCUUACAAAGACAUAAGAUUAUGAAGAAGAAAAAAAAAAGAGACAAACAAACACACAUUGUGAAUAAAUGUGACUCAAUAAGGAAAACAAAAGUGUGACUGGAGUGGGAGCUUGAUAGUGUAUUGAAAAAAAAAAUGCCACUAUUUAAAAAGGAGCUUCUACUUAGAAACCAAAAUAGUGUGUCAUCUCUAUGUUGUUUCUCUAAUGUAAAGAAAUCAAAUUAUAUAUGUCAUAUAAUAUACGUCCUAUAGACGUAUAUAUAUAUUUGACAUACAAUUGUGACAAAAUAAAGACUAAGAUAACAGUGUUAA